AUGCCCCUUGAGCCGUGGCAGCCUAUCUCUCAGGCCGUGUUUGAAAAAUAUCUCAAAGCUCGAUGCGACGAAAAUCCGCCGAUUGAUUGUCGUUUCGGCUGGAAGGUUGAAAAGGCCAAUGAAACUAAUGAGGAUGUCGUUCUCCGCGCCACCGAGAUGGCGACGGGAGUCCGGUCCGCCAUACGAUGUCAGUAUGUGGCCGCAUGUGACGGAGCCUCGAGACGAGCAAGGCGAGACAUGGGUAUCCACUCGACGGCCGACCAGUGGUAUACAUUGUUGGUGCAUUUCGAAUCUCAUGACCUUGAUCGACUCUUCAAGCUUCGCCGUUUCUGGCACUUGUUUGUGUGCAAUGAGCAAGGCCUUGGCAGUGCGGCCAUCAGCCAAGAUUAUGGUCAUAUCUUCACCACCCAUCUUCUGUUGCCCAUGGACGCCGACCACGAAUCAAUUGACUCACAUGACGCUGUGUAUCGCUCCCUAGGGGGCAUGAAUGGCCCCUACAAAGUCGACAUCGACAAAAUCAAAGGAAAGGUAUUUCUGGCCGGGGAUUCUGCCCACCAGAAUAUUCCGACCGGCGGUUAUGGUAUGAACAUGGGCAUUGGCGAUGCCUAUGCCUUUGAUCUGGGUUGGAAGCUCGCAGCAACUAUGAAAUCCCACGCCGGUCCCGGUCUGCUUGAAUCAUACGAGCAAGAAAGAUGCCCUGUCGCCUUAUCGAGCAUUCAGCGAUCAGCGAUGCGACAGAAGAUCCAUGAUCAUUAUCAAGCCAACAGCGGCGAAAACACAGAUCUGGGCAUUGAGAUGGACCAUCGACAUCGGUCGCCUAGCACCUUCGUUGGUUGUCGCACUCCACACGUCUUCUUGAAGGAUGAUGGCUCUCGUAUUUUCGAUCAUUUUGGAGAUUACUGGACGCUGUUUGAGUUUGCCACAGGAGAGAACUCCCAAAUGGCUGAACAUCCCGAGUUUGCGCAGGCAGCGAGUACCUUAGGAAUGUCCUUGAAAACCGUUGUCCUCUAUGACGAAACAAAUGCCAGGGCCGUAUGGCAAGCGCGGUUUGUGCUGGUCCGGCCUGACGGCCAUGGCGCUUGGCGUGGGGAGAACAUUCCAAACCCGGAGGUUGUUCUAGACAUUCUGAGGACGGUGUUAGGACACCAACCCGGCUCAUUUAUUCAAGACAGCGCCCAGGGAGGUGGCAACAUGACAAUGCCGUUUGAAACUACCAAGGAGAUGACGAGAUAA